AUGGAGGUGGUUGUAUCGGCUAUUGCAGGUGAUGUUGUUAAUCGAUUUAUAUCCUUCUUGAUCAAGAAGUAUGAGAGCCAGGAAAAUCUUGAAAGAAAGAUGGAAAGGCUUCAGAAUCUCUUGCUCAAAGUUCACAUGAUUGUCGAGGAGGCUGAGGGGCGGCACAUCACUAACUCCAAGAUGCUACUUCAGUUCAAGAAGAUUGUAGAUGCCAUGUACCAAGGCUACCAUGUCCUAGACAUCAUCAAGAAUAGCAUCCUUUGCAAGUCAAGACCUGAAGAGCAGGUUAGCAGUGCCAAUACUAUUUCAGCCCCUACAUGUUAUGUUAAUCCUUUCCGUACUUCACAAAGCUCUACCAUUAGACAUGAUCAGCUAAAAAGCACACUGGAUAGUUUAGAAACAAUUGUUUCUAGUAUGACAGAGUUUGUCUAUCUUCUUGGUGGAUGUGAACGCAUGUCUCCUAGACCCUACGACACGUAUCUUUACUUUGAUAACUUCAUGUUUGGCCGGCAAGUGGAAAAGCAGCAAGUCAUCAAUAUCUUACUGCAAGAGAAUCUUCCACCUUUUGCUCCAACUGUUCUCCCGAUCAUUGGCCCUAGUAGAGUCGGUAAGAGAACUCUAGUUGCGCACGUAUGCAACAAUGAGAUAGUUCGAUCACACUUCUCGUCAAUCUUGCACUUGAAUGGUGAAAAUAUCAUGAAAAUGGAGUGUGAAACUUUCACUGAAAGGAGGGAUUUGGUUGUGGUUGAGUUUACAGCAGAUACGGAUGAUGACAAUUGGAAGAAAUUUUAUGCAUCGUGCACAAAUAUGGGCAGAGGAAGCAAGAUUAUAAUUGUAAGUAGGAUUGAGAAGAUAUCAAGGUUUGGAACAGUACGGCCAAUUCAUCUAAAUAGUUUGUCACAUGAGGAGUAUAGUUACCUCUUCAAGGUACUCGCAUUUGGAAGCACUAACCCAGAGGAGCAUCCUCAAUUGGUAUCUAUAGCAAAUGAGCUAACAGUAUUGCUCGGUGGCUCAUUCAUCACAGCAAACGUGUUCGCAGAUAUUUUCAGAAAGAAUCAAAAUGUUCACUUAUGGCUCCAUGUCUUAAAAAAAUAUAGAAAUACGGUGCUGAAAAAUUUCUCAGAGUUCAGUGAACACCCUAAGCUUCUUUUGGAGAAAGAACAUCUUAUAGAUAUAACCAAACUUGCAUCGUCAUCCUCUCCACUUCGUCUUAUGCCUCCUCAUUGUGAAGGCUAUGGGUCGAAGAGGAGGUUAACCAAGGUGAUGUUCAGUGACCUGAUAGCUGACUCCAUUGUUGUACCAAAGGAGGACUUUGAGUUAGUCGCAUGGGAAUCACGGAUACCCCCUUAUAGAAGGUUUGUAAACAUUGUUUUGUAUUGUGAUGAUGAGAAGAAUUUUCAGCAUGCGGACUCACUUCACAAGAAGCGUCAAAAAAAUACAUAA